AAUUAUACAAGUGUGAUGAAAUUAUACAUUCUUAUUCUUAUAGUUUGCUUAGUGAUUACUUAAGCAUAGGAAGACAUCAAAUAAGGAGAAACUACUUAAUAGGAAUCUGAAAAUCUAAAAGAUGAAACUACUACAAAUACUUAAGCUGAUGAAAAAUUAAAAACAAGAACUAAAGAGGAAAUCAUCAAGGAAAGAGAUACACUAUAAACUUUAUUAAAAACUUUGAAUUAUUCUUGUAUUGUUCUAGCUAGAAUGUAACUAUCAAGAUAUAAGUCUGAGUUAAUGAAAGUUAUUGAAAGGUAAUAUCCUCAUAUAUGAAUAUAGUCAUUAAACAAAAUAGGAGUAAAGUAUAGUUUGGAAGAAAAUAUAUACCUCAUAUGUUAAUUAAUGUCAAAAGAGUAUAACAUAUGAUGAUAGUGUUAAGGUAAAUUUGGAAAUAUUAUAAUUUAUAGAUCUUUUCAUAAAUUUAAUCUAAAGACUUUAAAUUUGAUGAUUACAGAUAUAUAUAUGAUAAUAUGACAUUAGAAGAUUAUAGCAGUGAUAAAGUUGAUAUGCAUAUUACAUAAGCUGAAGAAAAAAUCUGGCAAUAUAUCUAGGAUUUUGAAAAAGCUAUGGAUUCAAAAGAUGAUGAAGACGAUGAUUCAUAAUUGAAAAAGAAUUUUGAUUUGGAACCUAAAGUUUUUGGAUUUUCUUUAAAAUCAGUCAAAUCUUUGUAAUAUAUCAUGUUCUUUUUCUUUAUAUCUUUUAUUUUAUUCUUAGGAUAUAUAGCAUAUAACAAAUUACCAAAACAAUAUGAAGAUCAAAAAAAGAAAAGAAGAAAUUGA